AUGUACGUUAUUAUACGUUUUAGUUACGCUCUUGUACUCAGCGCCCUUUCCGAAUCGGUGCUUUGGACGGCUUGGCUAGUUGCGUGCCAACGGUGUGAGGCGUUUUUUUGAACUCAUUUUUCAGGAAUUCUUUGUAUUUCACACUUUGACUUGUUCUUAUAAUAUCAAAGAUUAUAAUACAUGCCAGUCAAAGUUAUGUUAUACUGGAUAGCCGUUUACAGGCACAAUCGAGUACAUUUAUGCUGUAUGUUAUAUAUACCAUAUGGUAAAGGUAUUAUACUGUACUCCCGACAUAUAUACUUGCUAAAAGCCCAGACACGUGUUUCGCCGAUAUUCUGUCGCUGCGUGACACAGCUGCGAGGGGUUCGGCUCUUCAGUGGGACCCCCAGCGUUCUCUAGCGGUUUCUGGUAUAUAUAUGCUAUAUAUAUAGCAUAUAUGCUGCGCAUACGUGGUAUGCGAUACCGUUAAAAACAUUAAAACGCAAUGGAAUUCAAAUAUUGGGUAGUGCGAAUAGCUUUAAGCGCUGAAGCGACCAGGAGCAAUGAAUAACCGCUGGCCGAAAUCUCUGAUGGCAUUACACUCGCCCGGGGCUGCCACUCACAGUUAGUCUCUGGUUAGUUUCAUGUUUGACCGACUCUUGUCAGUAGUCCCUGCGGACACGUUUCGAUUAGCAUUUGCCCGCACAGGCUGUGCCCAGUCAGCCAAACGUAUCAGUACCCGCACACAAGCCCUACAACUGGGCAUAAAGUGCGGUGCUAGGCAGGGGCUAGUACAACGCCAUUACGGACAGCGAUCAUCUGCCUUGAGGGUAAGGGCACGCUUGCAUGCUCCUCUUCGUUCUUUGGAUAGAAGCUGCCGCAGAAGUUGUGAAGGAGAGCAUAAAGUGGAAAACAGUUCACCGCUGACUAAUAAGCCAACCGGCGAAGCGAGAAAUAGUGAAGACAAUAGUGAUGCCUUCAUGAACAAGAGAGGAGGGAGAGGCUAAUGUCCACGGACGCGGAGACGUGUUUAGUAGAUUCAAUUCUGAGAGCUGCUCUGAAUUCAAGUAAGCGCAUGAUAUUUCUGUUAAAUAAAGGAGUACCCCGCACGACCUCCACACACCAAAUAGCUAUCACGUUAGUGGGAAGAACUGGAGCUGUUUAGCCGCAUGUACGAGAGUACUGGGAAUACAUCGUCGUGAAUGUCACAUCGAGGGUGGUCAAGCCACUUCAAAACAAUCUGCUGCCUAAAGUUUAUGAUAGCUCAAACAGUAAAAAUAGUCCAUUUUGCGAUCGGCAAGGCCCCAGGCAGUCGUAAUCUGCGAUUUCAGGGCGUUCUUCAUAGAUCAGAUUUUUCCAGUACACUUCUUUUGGUUAAAUAGUUAGUAUGCUUGAGUUAGGAAAUAGCCAGAUCCCUAAUAAUUCCUAUCAAGCUUAUGCUGUUUUCAUUGGUGCCUUGUUGAGGCCGAUGGCCGUCGCCAACAGGUAUAGUUAAACAUUUGUGCCAAACAAAGGACAGGCCCAGUGUACAGCAUUCUUGGGUAAAAGCCCAUAUACCGUAUCUAAGUGCUGAAACUCGCUAGCAUAAUCUGCCACCCCGUGCUGAUGGGCAACCUCUAAAUCGUCGUCAAAUGUGGCAAGUUUACUAUUCUGGAAUAUGUCCGUUACAUGGUUGAAAAAAGGACAAGGAGAACUGGCCAAGCACAGUUGCCCGAAUACAUUCAUUCCUUUCACAAGUGGGACUGGAAAACCAUAAUUUGCUGUGUGCGAGAUCUAGGAUGAGAGGUUGUGGAAUUUUAAAGUUUCACCCUUAUUUCAAAAGAGGAGGGCUUUGAGAUGAGAAAGGAAUGACUGACACAACCAAAGGCAAGACUGUUGUCUCGAGCUCGUGAGGUGCAGGCUAAGAAAAGAGCUAACAGUUGUCACGUAGUUGAGCUUUUAAGAAUACAUGCUAAGUGGUCUGUUAUCUGCUAAAUGAUAAACUUAUUUUUGUCUAGGACUGAUAGGACCUUCGAAGUUGCUAGUAUUGUGUUUAUCAGCCGGUCUAUCGCCAGCUGUUAUGUUAGUAACAGAAGCUUGGUCGUCCCAGUGGUCAAUAGUUACGAACCUGCACUAACAGGAAUUUUUUUGAGAAGUUACUAGAGGGAGUUUUCUGUUAGCGAGUCUUUACCUUCCCUGAGGCCACAUGUUUGCAACGCAGGUUUCACUAUCUGCAGUCUGUAGCUGAUUGGGCUAACUUACGAACUCGAUACUCCAGCGAAUGAGGCUAAGUCUCCGCAUACAUCAUCGUCAUCCCAUGCCUAAGACCGCCUGUAGGAAUUUAUCCUACGAUAUCGUAACCGAACAACGGUCAGUCAAUUGCCCCUGCGUUUGCAUUAUCCCUGUCAAUUUAGUCCCUCAAACACGUAUGCGCAUUCAACUCUCGUACCUACGCCACACUAAGAACUACAUGCUCACGGCUCUCAAGUGCCAGUACAUGCGCUCAUGCAGCCUCUGGGACAGCCAAUCACAGACACCCACAAGCAUCAUUACCACGCUAUCAUCUGGCCGAGCUGGCGUUGACUGACUCUCACGCGACGUCUUUUCAUUUACGCUCACAUCACCCUAGUGGACAGAUGUGUGAGUAAGCACAGAGCCGGUCGUGCGUCGGGGACUCUGACCACUAUCAAGCAUCUGUACGGAGUACUCUACUCCUACUGGAACUAGGCCGUAAUUAAUGUGACGCCCUGAGUGUACACGUAGGUUGAACCGUCGUUAUUUUCUGAAAAUCACAUGCUCAUGAGUGCCUUCUGCAGUGGUAGUUCUUUAACCAUUGUUCUUCAUCCUAAGAUUGCUUGACUGAACGAAUUUCACUUUUAUUUAAAAUUCGAAAGUUUUACGAAGUUUUGAACCCACUAUGUUCUAUAUUCGUUCCGCGUAAAAAAAUAACCUAAAUGAAGGACAACUUAUUCCUCCCCGUACUCCCUUUCGCCGCCUAUUGUAGGUAAUUUUAUUCGGUCUCCCCGAGAGCUUGGUUGACCUCCAAAUUUGAAUACUCAGCCCAGCAUAGUUUUUACGUGCCCUAUUUUGUUUUAGGGGGAUUAUUUGUAGUCAUUGAACGCUCCUGAAGACGGGUUGCCCAUUAGCCUAGCUGCUGGCUACCCGGCGCGUCCAAAGGUGGCGGAUAAUGGAACGGCCUUCAGUAGAGGUUAGCUGCGAAAUAAGCAGACCCAGGCCUGACAAAUAAGCAGUCGCGGACCAGCAGCGACAGUGCUAUCAGGGUGCGGAGGGCUGAGGUCUGGCACACCGAACGCCUUAUAAAAGGCCGCAAAGCCCGAUGACGGCGUUGUGACAUGGCGAUCGUAAACCGCCAUUAAAUAAGUUUGCUUGCCACCGUUGCCUUGUGGUUAGGUUUUUAAGCCAAAGCGCUAGAGGAGACAACCUCGAACAAACAAUCCAAGCGGCUGUUGGUGACCCGCCUGUAUCCGAAAUUCCCUAGAAGCCCCAUGAAAUAUAUGUCCUGACAACUAAAUAGCCAAAAUCCAAACAACUCUGUUAGAAUCCUAACAUUCAUUCAUUAUAUUAGUAUAGUUCCACAUGUCUAGUGUAAAAUAGUCAACCUCGCCCUCGACAGUGAAAGCUUUCGGGAUUUUCGGAAUGAUCUAUAUAUCGUUCCUUUUCAUUAUCAGGCUGGUUGCAUUCCCCCUGAGAACGCCGGAUCAAUACAUACUUUCAUAACAGUUCUAGAGAUCUUUUUCGCCAAUUGACACGACGGUUCGGUCGUCGCAAGCGACGAAGCCCACCGGGUGUCUCACGGGCUCCGGUGACUCGCGCGUAAAUUAGGUUAUAGUAAGGCAGACUUGCGCUACAUCUCUCUCCCUCUGUCUUGCUUACCCGUCUCCGAUGGCAAGACAAUGUCAGUACGACCGGAAGUGGUUUCGAGCGCAGUGGCGGACAAAGCUAAAUAACCGUCUACACGUACCACACACGGCCUGGUCCUCACAAAAUGGGCCAGGUUUUGACUGAAGGCGGGGGGGGGGAUCCCAUCUAUGUGGGUGUCAUAGAGGCAUCACUGAGGAGGAGCCAUCGAGCCUAGGUUUCAUGCCUCCAACCUACAAGAUUGCUCCCCCACAUUAUUUAAAAAUAUCAAAUUUUUUACACCAACCGACUGAACUAACGUAACUUUUGUCGUUUUUUACCUCUUUCAGUCCUAAACAUGGCUAGCGUUGUCAACCCUGCGCUUGCCAGUGGUGACCUAAAAACAGAAAUGGCCAACAAGGGCAUACCAAAGGCUGUUUUCAUUGAGGAUGUUGACGCCUACCUGACAGAGCACGGAUUUUCCACCAUACGGGAGGCUCUGCAGUCCUUGGAUGAACUCUACCAGAAGUACAAGUUAAUGGAACAGGCCUACCUCCAGCGCAAGCUUCGGCUACUGCAGCAGCUGCCGGAUAUUGAAAAGACGCUGGACGUUGUGAAGCACCUUGAGGAGAAGAACACAAACUUUGACGUGACCUUUGAGGUCUCGGAUCAGCUGUUCGCGCGGGCGCACAUUGACCGGGCAGACAAAGUUGGCGUCUGGCUGGGCGCUAAUGUCAUGCUGGAGUACAACCUGGCGGAGGCCAAAGAAAUCCUGCUCUCAAACAUUUCUGCUGCUGAAGUCUCAAUGGCGGAUGUUGAAGAGACGCUCAACUACCUGAAGGAACAGACCACUACGGUUGAAGUUAGCAUGGCCAGGCUACACAACCUAAACGUUAAGCGAAACCAAGCCGCAAGGGCCAGUGCGGAGGGGGGGAGCAAGAAGUGAUAGGCACUCGUGUUGUUCGCAGUUCAAAAUAGAUUCAAUCUCUUUGACUUGUGCUGCCGACUUUCUUCCGUUUGUUGUAUAUCCAUCUGUGGUCUCCGGCCUCUGGAACGCGUCCAACCUAUACACAAUCAUCACCGUCACCACCACGACUGCUACUACUAACUGUGACUCACGCUAGGGCCGCCAUUGGCUGCGUUAUCUUCUUCUGCUUCCUCAUCCUCCCGCUACUACUGCUUCUACUACUACUACUACUACUACUACUACUACUACUACUACUACUACUACUACUACUACUACUACUACUACUACUACUACUACUACUACUACUACUUCUACUACUACUACUACUACUACUACUACUACUACUACUACUACUACUACUACUACUACUACUACUACUACUACUACUACUACUACUACUACUACUACUACAUGACUAUUUCUACUACUAACGGCUACUGCCGCUGCCGUGGCUGUCGCCGCAAUGCAUUUGGUGGUGUUGGAGGAGCCUCUUAUUCCAAAAAAUCUGUGCUUACUACGAGGACAGGCUGUCAUAUUGACAAUUUCUUGUUAUUUUACCAGGAGACUGUCGUCCCGGCUAGGGAGAGUCUAACCAGACUUCGGACAGAUUGGAAAGUCCAGGAAUGCAUUUGUGAUAGACAACGGAGCUACGUGAGUGACAGACGUGUGCCUAUCAUGCAGACUCCGGUUUCGUAA